GAUGACAUCACUUCUUUAUUCAACCACUGUUAGGUGAAAGCUUUAACUUCAGACUUUGGAGGUGGGUUGCCUUGCACGUAACUGGAGUGCCUUCCCCCUCACUCCUUCCCACAGAGGGAGAAGGGAUCAGAGACAGAGAGAGAGCUCUUGCUAUAAGCUGCUGCUGCUGCUGCUGCUGCCACUGCUGCUUUUGUCUCUGGGAUCUGAGGCGAAGGAAUUUUACAGCCCCAUAGUGGAAUUAACUGCUUGCCUGCCUUUUGAAAUGGAAUUCCUUUCUAUGCGUUUGGGUUCCUUCAGCUUGCUGGCAAUGAAUGAGUGAAAAUGUUAUGAAGGAGCCCAGGCUGAAUGGUAUUAGAAUGUUUUGCUUUCUUCAAGACAAAAGAGCUCUGAGUUAAAAUUAAAACCAGCACAGAACAAGUGAGCAUUUGCAUUUCCAGAGAGAAUGAGGAAAUAUUCUGAAUUGGAGAUUCUGAUCAAGGACUGAAUUACGUUGCAGCCCAGCAGGCAUGGAUUUACCAAGAUGCAUCCACUUUUCAAAGAUUAUAGCCGGAUGAUUCUGCACAGGCAGGGAGCCUCCUUCCUCAGUCUCCUGAAGAAGCCAUCAUAAUUCGACCCUUAGCAUCAUGAAUGGUUUCAAACACAUGGAGCUGAAGUUACCAUCUCUAGCCACACUAUCUAAAGGAGCUUCUAAGAAUUACAAAGAGCAAUUUUUGUAAAGGGUAUUUACAACAAAACAAAAGAGAUUCUUCACACAAAGACGUGAAGGGGGAAAGAAAGAACCGCCCCUACCUCCUCAAACUCUCAUUGCUGCAGAGUCAAAGGAGUCUGAAGCUUUUAUCCUCACAACUUGAUGUGCUUAUGUACCAUGGUAAAACUUUAUGGGAAUGUUCAAUGAAUAUAGCAGGGUUCAUGAGGAAAGACACUCUGCUCAUAAGGAACAUUUAAACUGCUAUUGUGAAUGAAGCCAAGCUAUGUGUACUAAGCUAUAAACUUCUUCCAAGUCCAUUUGUUUCUGGAAAACAGGAGGCCCACUGGAUUUUAGGAAGCACAAGAGGGUCCUUCACAUCUUUAAAUAAGAUUGCUGAAAGUAUAUAAACCUCACUGCAACUUGACCAUGAUCAGUGUAACCUGGAACUUCAUCCUAAUUUGGACAAAGAUAGGGCUCUUGCUCAAAAUGGCACCUCACUUUGUCAGUGCCAAAUCAUGCCCUUCAGCGUGCCGCUGUGACGCAGGAUUCAUUUACUGCAAUGAUCGUGACUUGACAUCAAUCCCUACUGGGAUUCCAGAGGAUGCUACAACCCUUUACCUUCAGAACAAUCAAAUAAAUAAUGCUGGAAUUCCAUCUGAGCUAAAAACCUUGAUCAAAGUGGAGAGAAUUUAUUUAUACCACAACAGUUUGGAUGAAUUCCCUAUCAACCUCCCAAAGUUUGUCAAGGAAUUGCAUUUACAAGAAAACAACAUAAGGACAAUUACUUAUGAUUCCCUUUCACAAAUUCCUUAUCUGGAAGAAUUGCAUUUGGAUGAUAAUUCUGUUUCGGCGGUUAGUAUUGAAGAUGGAGCCUUCCGGGAUAAUAUCUAUCUCAGACUUCUUUUCCUUUCUCGAAAUCACCUUAGCACCAUUCCCUGGGGCUUGCCUAAAACAAUAGAAGAGCUGCGCUUGGAUGAUAAUCGCAUUUCAACCAUUUCGGAGCUGUCCCUUCAAGACCUUACAAAUCUAAAACGCCUCGUUUUAGAUGGAAAUCUCUUAAGCAAUCAUGGAUUAGGAGAAAAAGUCUUCAUGAACCUAGUCAAUUUAACAGAACUCUCCCUGGUUCGUAAUUCCCUUACAUCAGCGCCAAUAAAUUUGCCAGGCUCAAAUCUGAGAAAGCUUUAUCUGCAAGAAAACCAUAUAAAUCAUGUGCCACCUAAUGCUUUCGCAUACCUACGACAGUUAUAUCGAUUAGAUAUGUCAAACAACAAUCUCAGUAAUUUACCUCAGGGUGUCUUUGAUGACCUGGACAAUAUAACCCAAUUGUUCCUUCGCAACAACCCUUGGCGCUGUGGGUGCAGAAUGAAAUGGGUCCGUGACUGGUUGCAGAUGUUGCCUGUCAGAGUUAAUGUGCGCGGACUGAUGUGUCAAGCACCAGAAAAAGUGCGUGGCAUGGCCAUCAAAGACCUCAACACAGAGCUGUUUGACUGCAAAGAUGACGAUAUGGUAAGCACUGUCCAAAAUACUGCUUCAGUACCAAACACUUUAUACCCUGUACAAGGACACUGGCCGGUUUCUGUCACCAGAUCACCUGAAAUAAAGACUCUGAACCCACACAAAAACUACAGAACAACAGCUACCCCAGUACAGGAAAUCAUUACCAUUGUUGUAAAAUCUGUAAGCACUGAGACUAUUCAUAUUUCUUGGAAAGUUGCACUACCCAUGACUGCUUUAAGACUUAGCUGGCUCAAAAUGGGCCACAGCCCUGCCUUUGGAUCUAUAACUGAAACAAUUGUUACAGGAGACCGGACUGACUAUCUGCUCACGGCCCUGGAGCCAGACUCACCCUAUCGAGUAUGCAUGGUUCCCAUGGAAACCAGUAACAUCUAUAUGUCUGAUGAAACGCCGGUGUGUAUAGAGACUGAAACGGCACCCCUCAAAAUGUACAACCCCACCACAACCCUCAACCACGAGCAAGAGAAAGAACCGUACAAAAAUUCCAGUUUGCCCUUAGCUGCCAUCAUAGGAGGUGCAGUGGCACUAGUAGCUAUAGCGCUGCUCGCUUUAGUCUGCUGGUAUGUCCAUAGGAACGGAUCCUUGUUCUCGAGAAACUGUACGUACAGCAAAGGGCGGAGGAGAAAAGACGAUUAUGCUGAAGCUGGAACUAAGAAGGACAACUCCAUCUUAGAAAUCAGAGAGACUUCUUUUCAGAUGAUCUCUCUGAACAACGAUCAAGUGUCCAAGGAGGAGUUUGUAAUACACACCAUAUUCCCACCAAAUGGAAUGAAUCUGUACAAGAACAACCAUAGCGAAAGCAGCAGUAACAGAAGCUACAGAGACAGUGGUAUACCCGACUCAGAUCAUUCACAUUCAUGAUACUAAGGGAAAUGACAAAACUAGGAGUGGUUGGGGUUUUCUUCUCACAAAGAAAGGCAACUUUAAAGGUUGCUGGCUCACUGCAGAACACUGGAUUAAAAAGACUGAAUAAGCAAUGUAUUGUACAUUUGCCAUAUAAUUUAUAUUUAAGAACUUUUUAUUAAAAGUUUCAAAUUUCAGGUGACUGCUGCUAUUCAUGUAGCAAGGGUGUCUGAAAACAAUUCUAUAUUUUAGUAUUUUUUAGUAAUUUGUACUGUAUUUUCCUUGCUAAUAUUGAAAUUACAGACCAUUUAACUUUUGUGUUCUACUGAGUAAGAUGACUUGUUGACUGUGAAAGUGAAUUUUCUUGCUGUGUUGAACAAUCAGGACUUUGCAUAUAUUUGAGAUCCUUUGUGAGUAUAAGCACAGGCCAUUUUCACUUUGGUGUUUGUAAAAGGCUAAACCUGGCAAAUUGAAGACAUUCAAAAAUAGUUGCAAAAUGGAGCAAAACACAAUUAAAGUUUAGUAACCAGUGAAAGGUCCAAAGUAGUGGGCAAUACCAGUUACUUAGUUACAACCAGUACAAUGACUGUUGGAGACAGGAGCAAAUGGCUGAAAUCUAGAUGAGGCAGUUGAAAUAGGAAUUUAAGCAUAUGCUACAGCCCCAGAAUAGAUUUGCCCCCAAACAAAGCAAAAAAGAA